AUGACCACCAACCCACUCCGAACCGCUGUCGCCGCGCGUGCCGACGAAGGUUUCCACUACGAUCUCAGCAACGCUAUAUACGGUCACUUCCCCAUCUCACCCCACCGUUCACGUGCCCCAUCUCCAUCCCCAUCCACAAAUCCAAAUAUAUCAAGAAAGCGCAAACCCAUCCAUCCAACAACAACCAUAUCGCUCAACCGCAACAACGCCCCGCCAACCUGGCUUCCCCAAUCAAAACAAAGCGCUACCAGUCACCUUGGACAAGGUAGAAGAGAACAAGGCAUGAGCAUCCACGCCAGUACAUGUCUAAAUCUCAACAUGGCGGCAAGCGGCGAGGCGUCGGAGUCUGAUUUGUGGAUCUUACCGGAGCUUGAUGAUUGGGAGGAGGGCGACGAGGACGAUGCAGACACGGAAACAGGGUCAAGCCAGGGAACAUUGUCGCCAUCCGCGUCGCAAUCAUCGACGGCACCUCAACCCCCAGCACAAGGACAAAACAAGUGGGCUGCAGUAUUUCAGCGCGCAGCCAACUCGAAUUUGGAACGGUUGCGCACGAGGUUGGAGGGUGAUGGCUGGGAUUUCGUGGGUGGCAGUUUUGCUGAUGAGACCAAGACUCUGCAGAAUGCAGCGUCGGCGGGUCAGGAUGAAGAGAGUUUAGAUGAUGAGUUUGAUGUCGUUGUUCUUUCGAGGGGUCAACGGAGAGGAUAG